AUGGAUGACCGCACCCCAUCCAUUGUUGUGAAGUCAAGUUCUCAUGUCGAUGGAUCUAGAAUGUGUUAUACAAGGCAAGCCUUGUUUUCUCUUCGCCAUAGCUAUGGGACUAAGUGUCUUUCCCCUGAUACUUAUGCUCACUUCAAGGAGUUGGGUAUCGAUCAUGUGAGAGGAAUAAGAGGUGGAUGUCAUAUUCAUAGGAGGACUGGCAAUACACAGAUGCAGAAGUAUACACAGAAAAAGUAUGUAUUCACUCAGGAGAUUGAGAAUGACAGUGGUGGAUCUGGUUCUGCUUCAACACUCUAUACUUCUUGUUAUGUAGGAGUUGAUAUCAUCAGGGCAUCAAACUGUUACAUCAACAUCGGCGGUAUUGAUGUUAAUCUACGCGGUGGAUUUGUAAGCUCGAUAUACUACAGGCUUAAAAGCAUAAUAGAAGGCUACAUCAAAGAUGCACUGAAUGAACAGAUCUGUGGUGAAGUUAUCUAUGAGGUCAAUCGCAAACUGAAAAACUUGCAAGUGAUUGCCCAGGUCCCGGCCCCGGUAGAUGUCAUCGAAUUUGACUAUUCCUUGGUGGAGAGUCCUUCCUUCAAUGGCUACGUCAGUACUGCUCAUAAGGGUGGGGUGUACCCGAUAGGAAGCAAGACGGAAUGUCCACUACCGGUUUCGCAAAUUCCACCCGACUCGGAUACUUCCCGUAUGGUGUUCAUCUGGAUAACCGAAUAUCUGCCCAACUCAGCCGGUUACGUGCUUCAGAAUAGUUUCCUACAGUACAACGUGACCCCUGACAAUGUCCCUGCUGAAGCAAAGGACCUCUUGAACACAUCCCAUGUUGCUUUCGACCUUAUCAUGCCACAGAUCAACAAGAUGUACCCGAACAUGGCAAUGCAGAUCAAUAUUAAAAGCACCAAGGCUCCCGUUAUCAAAAUAGCAUCUACCGGGGUACAGGCCGACUUGGUCGGGGACCUUACCACCUACGCAAUCUUACCCAACAAGACCUUGGCCUACCUGUUCACUCUCAGCAUGAGCAUAUCUGCCAAGGUGUCUAUGAACUUCACCGGGAACAAAAUAACAUGGAACAUAGCGUCAUGCAGCGCUACUUUGGAAGCAGUUCGCUCAGCAAAGCAGCCAAUUUUUACAUCUAGCCUUCAGGUUGAAUUAGGCAACACAUUCUAUCUUAACCAGCUCGGUGCUGUGGGAAUUCCCAUUCAUCAGCUUAUCAAUUGCCUGAUGGAUUUGUGUUCACCAACCCUGUCAUCUACCUAG